GCGGUGGUUCCUGCUCGCCGUCGUCAGCCUGCUGAACUGCUCCAACGCCAUGUGAUGGGGCAUGGCUACUCAAUCAGCCAGCGGCAUGCUGAAAGCAGUGGGAGCUGCAGCUGUACUCCAGUGCAAGCUACAACAGGCUCAUGGGUCUUCAGGACACCUUCUGUCCUCUUCAUCAGUCGCUGUGCCCACUGUGUAGAGCACAAGUUUUUAUAGCGAAGAGUGUGUGUUGAGGUAUGACUUCCUGCCCAGGCUAGCAUGCACUGGAGCUUUUGCUGUCUCUAAACCUAGAAAUCACAGUGAGAUGAACAUGCUUCUAAGACUUGAGCUGAGCUUAGGAGGGGAGAAGAGUGUGGGAACUACAGUUACUGAAUUUGGAGAAGAAAUGGUGUAUGUUAUUACAGUAGCUAUUUCAACAUCCUGCUAGAUGCAUAUCUGAAGGGAGGGGAAAAGUCCAUCCCAAAUGCUGAAGGAUCAAAUGUUGACAACAUGAGUGACCAUGGCCAAUGAUAUUGGAUUGUACUACAGCAGGAGCUUUUGUCUGAGAAUAAAUAAUGCAAAAUCUGUGAGGUAAUGCUGGGAAGUGAGUUUUGCCAAGUAUUAGGGGUUGGAGCUCACAAACCCAUUGUGGUGGUUUGGUGUUCAAAGGCAAGAGUUGCUGUGUUUGAGUGGCUCUGUGUGGGCCUCUGUGUAAAUGACUUGACCUAACUAUGCCAUGGCCCAGGGAGUGGACUGCUGCUGACCUCCAACCUCAUCCACUCCAACUUGUUAAGCAGCCCAUCUGUGUUCUACUGUGGGGACUGCACAAGGUAGCUGUUGAGCAGUCAGGGUGUGGGACUGAGCUGGAUGAGUUUGAAGCCUCAGAGACAAGGCAUUCCUGAUCUGUGGGGUACCAAGCUGGGAAUUUUGUCAAAGUUUGCCAAAAGGUUUUGGUUAACUGUAGCCCUGACAGGGCUCAGAAGAGACGUAAGCCAUAGUGGCUGAAUGGAAACGGCUUGUCACCAUUGCAAGCGAGGAAGAGUCAUUGACAAGGGGCUGGAUUCUCUCCAUUCUGCUGUUGUGACCAUCCAUAGGGCUGCCUUCAGAGGAGUGCAUGUGGACAUGGACAUAGCAGUGCAGUGCAUAACACAGACUCUCCUUGAUGCCUUCUGCAGCUCACAGUGAGGCUCUAGCUCUGUGUAGUUACACAGUCAAUGAAGCUGAGUGCAGCUUGACCAGACUACAAGGGCGUAUUUCCACAAAGUGAGGCUUGUGCAGGGACUGAACAAGUGUGUAGAAAACCCUGCAAGGACAGAGGUGUCUGUUUCUUCUUCCACUAUCUGUCCCAGGAGCAACCAGCAUUUGGGGGCUGGCAUCCUAUAACCACAUACAUUAUCUCUCCUCCUGCAUCUGUCACCAUGAUCUAUAGUGGGGUGCUUUGAUACGGGCUUUGGUGUGCCAAAGCUGAGUUAAGACAAUGGUCCUUGGGGAGUGGAGGAGAAAGGAACCUCUCUCAGUCUCUAUUCUGCAUCUUGAGAGGUUGCAGGGCUUAGACAUCACCAGGAAAAAACUGCAUCAUCCUCACCCUGUUCUGCCUCAGGGGCCGUGUAUUGGGGCAGUCCCUGCAUAAGUACCAGCCUCAGCAGUGCAGACUUUCAGGACCAACAUGUAGGAUAAGGGCUCUAGCUCCCACCAUAAGAGCUUGCUAACUACUGUGGAUGAAGUCAUCAUAGCUGGGAAAACCAAAAGCAGAAGGUGGCAUACUCACUUGUGUAGCAUGGCAAUUUCCUUGUGUUGGCAAAACUCCACAGUGCCAUGUCUUUGUUGCAGGGGCAUUUGGCGGCCACUUUGACCACAGCUACACCUUGAGCUCCAUUGCCCAGUUCUUAAUUUCUCUGUUAGAGCAACACAUGGUAAACAACCCCUGCCUGAAUGAAGGCAGAAACAUACUUUUUCUCUCCAGACCCAUAAAGAAACCCACUUCCCAUUCUGAAGAACGCACACAGGCUUGGACAGGCUGCAACCUCCCACCUUCUGUGCUCUCACACAUGUGUGCUAGAACUGGAGCUCUUGCUCCAGACAGAAAUACAGGGCAGCCCAAAUGCUUGGUUUUCAGCAAGGAAUGGUUUUACUGGGUCUAAUGGAAACAUGCCAGAAUGGUUGAUCCCAGCUUGUCUAAAUCUAUACAGCCACUGAACACAAAAUGCUGUGCUCUGGCUUGUGGCAUCAUUCUGCUAAUGAUGUCAUGCAUGGGUGAGCAUCUUUGGUGGAGGAACAGGAGAGGCAAAAAUGUAGCUGAAGCUGGCUUACAAAAUGUGUCAUCUCUUUAAUUACACUGUUUCCUGGUACAGUGUUUCAUCACCAUCACCACCACCCCCACUCCCUCCCCCUUCUGGAAGGCAGUGGGGAACUGAGAAUUGCUGUGGCUGGAAAUACAUAACUGGGUUUUGUUUAGCAGCAGUUUAGCAUCCCAUGAUCAAACUAAUGUUCAUACCUUAGUGAUGCUGGUAAUGUUUAAACAGUUAAAUGAUUGUAGAAGCUGCAUAAACAGCAAAUCCACUCCCUGCCAGACCUUUGAUCACACAUGGGUGUGUCUGAGCCCAGCACAGCGAUGUGAGCUUCAUGUUGAAUGCAGGAAAUUUGGCUUGUGAGCUCCUUUCAGAGAAGAGGAAAGGGCUGAUGCUAAGAGUCCUUGCUAGGACACUGAUAAUACAUUCAAAACUUCUCUGUUACUGCCAUCUACUUAUUGCAUCCCUGCUAGGAGAAAAGCUUAGCUAAACAAUGCUUUUCAUGUGGCUAUUUUCACACAGUGACACUAAGAGAGAAGAAAAGCCUGUCUCCUCUUCUGCUUCCAUUUAAUGUAGUAGUUUUUAUGGUCUCUAGGAUGCAAGAAGUAAAUAGGAACACUGGAAAUAACAUGCAGCAGCAUGUAGGGACACACUUUGCUCCGAGGUUACUCAGGUCCCUUUCCCAUUACACAUCAAUGCUGCAGCUGAUGCUGUCUGCAGGAUGCAGACUGUGAAGAGGAAGCUUGUGAUGGCAGAGAGGGGUACCCGGAAAGACACAGUGGCUGGAGUUCUUUUACAGGAAGGUAUUGCUGAAGUUUUUGUUCACAUUUCUGCAAACUUUAUCAUCUUCAGUGUUCAGUACAUCCACGUUAUUGAAACCUGUUCUCAGGUUAGGCCUGCCUUUUUGAAAAGCACCAGAGAGGGCAUCUUCGCAAAGAAUCCACAGAAACAUCCUUAAGUUUAGGGUAGUACCCUCAUUUCUUUCUUGAGGGCAUGAUCUCAGGAACUGAUUUGAGGAUCAAAGCAGGCCUCAUCAUUCCCAGAAGAAAACAGAAGCAGACAGCAACCUUAUGAAAUCAGUGCCUAAAACAAGGUUUAGGGAAAUAUUUUCAGAUAUGGCACUGGAAGGAAAAGAUGGAUAGUUAUUAAAGAACCUCUUGUGUUUCCCUGUUAUAUGUUCUGAUGUAUUGAAUAUGGAAAUUUCUAGGCCCUUUUUUCCUAACUGUUGAUUGUGUGUAGGACAACAUGGAAUAAUGUCUCUCUUGGCUGACACAUAACAAAGUUGUUCUUACAAGGCCACAUCCAGGGGUUACCAAUGAAAUCAUAAAUACCAGGCUGAGUUUAAGAGGGUCUCAGUUGCAGAGAGAAGAGGGCAGCCUCUCUUUUGUUUAUGCUAACAUAGAAGGAUUGCUUGUGGUUUACAUCAGGUAAGUGUGUGCAUCACAGGCCAACAUGUCCACCCUGGGGACAGAAAAGGUACUGACCUCUGCUUCUGCCAGCUCCCAGCAGCAGCACUAGGUGAUUGAGGAUGAGGCAGUGAAAUAGAUGAGGUGCUCUGGCCCAAGAUAAUGAUGGCAUCAGUGGUAAAAUAGUCCUAGCAUGAGUAACUGUGGACAUUGGGGGGUUGAAUUUUUAUUACCAGCCUUAACAUCCUAAUUUCAAGGAGACACUAAGAUAGUGAGCCCCUUCCCAACUCAGUUGGACAGUUUGAGGGGAUGCUGAAUUUCUGUUCUGGUGGAGGUGCUCAUGCUUACCCAUCUUUGCUCUCUACACUGCAGCUGUGGCUGACGUUUGCUCCUGUGGCUGAUAAGGCAGCUGCCUACUUCCACAUUUCCCUGGAGAUGGUCAACUGGCUCUCAAUAGUGUACCUCCUCACCUCAAUCCCAUUUGGUCUGGUGGCAACAUGGGUUCUCGACAGCGUGGGGCUCAGAUAUACUGUGAUCCUGAGUGCGUGGCUGAACAUGACGGGCAGCGUCAUCCGGAUAUUCAGCGUCCUGAAGUUCCUGGGCUUGGAUUCCCAGAGUUACUGGUACCUAUUUACUGGGCAGUGCCUCUGUGCACUGGCACAGCCCCUUAUCAUCUUUUCACCGACAAAACUGGCAGCGCUAUGGUUCCCAGACCACCAGAGAGCAACAGCAAAUAUGAUCGCAUCAAUGUCCAAUCCCUUGGGUAUUCUUAUAGCAAACGUGCUGUCACCUGCACUAGUUCCUGAAGGAAAGCACAUCCCAUUGAUGCUGGGUGUUUAUGCCAUCCCAGCAGUAACAGCCUGUGCUGUAGCAACUGUGGGGAUUCAUGAGAAGGUUCCUCCAACACCUCCUUCAGCCAGUGCCACUAACUCCAGCUCCCAGCCAUUCCUCAUGGGGCUCAAAAUGCUCCUGAGAAACAAGCCAUACAUCAUCCUGGCAGUGUGCUUUGGAGGAGGAAUUGGGAUGUUCACCUGUUUUUCAGCUCUGCUAGAACAGAUCCUUUGUGAAAAGGGGUAUUCAAAUGAAUUUGCUGGCCUGAAUGGUGCACUGUUCACAGUGUGUGGUUUGUUCGGUGCUUUCCUGCUAGGCCUGUAUGUCGACCGGACAAGGAAGUUCAUAGAGUCCACCAAGAUUUGUUUCUGUCUGAGUGCACUUGCCAGCAUCAUGUUCGCAGUGACUUCUCGGUUCAGACGUCGGGCCAUCACACUGUCCAUCACCAGCUCGCUCUUUGGUUUCUUCGGUUUUGCCAUCUACCCUAUUGCCAUGGAGCUGGCUGUGGAGUGCUCCUACCCUGUGGGAGAGGGCACAUCUACAGGCCUGAUUUUUGUUGCAAGCCAGAUUGAAGGUGUGAUUUUAAUGAUUCUGUUACAAGCCCUCACCGUGCAUGUUUCUGAGGAUCCAUCUUCCACCUGUGCCCUUGAUCAGGAUGGAGCCCUGGACUGGACAACUCCGGUACUGGUGCUGGCUGGCCUCUGUAGUGCUAUGGCUUGUUUCUACGUCAUCUUCUUCCACACUGACUACAAGCGGCUCCAUGCUGAGACAAACAGUGGUGAUUUGGUCAAGGCAGAAGAUACAGCAACAGCAACUGUUCCUGAAGCCUAACCAGGCCAAAAAGGGGAUGCCAAGGGCCCAGUAAGGGAAGGACUCAGACCUGUGGGCAGGGACCAUGACUGCAAAUGUUCAGCUGGCACACUGGGAUAUUCAGGUCCUGUUGCACAACAAGCAAGGGCUAGAGCAGAGGUGUCACUGGGGCACCUUCGCUGUGCUUCCCUCAAUCUUGUAUUUAUUUGUGAGUCCAGGCUGUAAGAAAGGCUGCCAGAAAGGUCAAAGUGGGACUGGACAACUAAGCAGGUAACAGGGAUUUUUAGCUGACUUGAUUCAAGUUAAAGAACUGUUUCAGAGGAAAGGAAUAUCAUAUUUCAGCUAUUUUUUCAUUUUCAUGUACUUGUAUCAGGGGUGAAGCUUUCAGAGGGGUGGAAGCUGUGCCUGUCACAAACCCAGUGGAAAACCUCUGUUUAAGGACUGUGGUUCUUGUACAGCAUAACAACUCUUCCACUCUACAGCUGGAGCUAAUUGUACAUCUUAGCUAAAGGGUCGUAGGAGCUACAGUAUCCUUCCAUUGCAGCAGGGAAGUGUAGGUGUGUGAUCUGUAAUGCAAGUCUGUUACAAUGAGCCACUUUGUCCUCCCUUACAAACAAGAAAAGAAAAGCCCUGCCUGCAGUGCUGCCUGUAAAAGAAAGUAUCAGUAAGCAGCAGAAGUUAAAUAUGGCAGCAUUCUUCACCCUUCUGGUCCUCUGCCAGAUGCUGAGACAUGCAGGAUAAGCUUGUUUUACUGGGGCUUCUGUUGUUUCUCCACCUCUCCUGCAAUUCCAGUGGGUUAGUUAAGUUUUCCACAAGAAGAUGAACGUGCUGGUGUAAGAUGAGGGUAGUGUACCCUCCCCAGGCCAAGUCAUGCUCUCCUGUAGGGGAACACUAAGAGGGCAGCUCACUUUUUGGGGAAUGACAUGGCGGUGCCUGGUGUGGUAGAAGCUGGCAGGAGAACUGGCAAAGGUGAGCACUUAGAGAAGGCAGGGAUGUGUCAUAAGUUUCUGCACAUGAUGGGGGCUUUUUGGGGAAGGCCAAGUAAGAAACAACAUCAACAAGCACCUUCCAGUUCUCUCUGCAGCUGACAGCUGUUCUUCAGUGUUAGAAGAGAGGGGUAGUGACACAAAAGAUCCCAUCUGAAGUUGUUACCCUAACAAUUGCAAUGGGUACAACCGGAUUUUUCCUUUUACAGUACUUCCACAGCAGUCCGGUGUCCUGCUUUGUUGUUCAGGUCUAGAUGUAUAACCUGAGAACUUUUUAACCUAUAACAUUUCAGUGGACUUGGUGAUGUUUCAUACUAUGCAUCUUGCAAGAGGAUCUGAGUACUUCUUGAUUAAGGGAACUGGAUGCACAUUGGACCUGUGCCUGGCUUUGUCCAGUCCAGCUAGAGGAUGAUCCCAAAGCAAAGGAUGCACUUCCCCUGAGGCACACUGUAUGGAGGAGCUCUCUCAGUGCCUGAAUUAUCUUCCCCAUUAGCAACUGGAAAUCUCUCCCUUUGUAAAACACCUAGCUGCAUCCUUCUUGGGAGCCUGCUAGUUCCUACAGCUCCAGCCUUGCUCUCACUACUAAGCACUGUCAAAAGAAGCAGGAAGGAAGUCUGAACCUGAGGUGAAACAAGAUCAAUUUGGACCUGUUAGAGGAAUGGGAUUAACUGUCUUUUGCAAAACUAGCUGGUCAGUUCUGCAGCCCUGGGCCUAAUACGCCGAACAGAUUAACACCAAAUUUACAUGCUACUCCUGAGUCCUACUGUACUGGGAAGCAAGAAGCACUUGGUACUUAUAAUUUUAUAUAUUUACAAAUGCUUAUGUUUUUUCAUAAAGGGUGGUUUAAGAAAAGAUAAA